AUGGAAGAACUUACAAAAACUUGGAACAACCUAACCCUCUUGGAAUGUGAAGGUUCAAACUUUCGCAUCAAGGAGGAACAGGCGAAGAUGGAGUUUAUUUUAGCAGCUAAGUUCUUGACUAAAAGAGCUCUUAACAUAGAUGCCAUAGCUGAGACCUUCACACCCAUAUGGAGAUCAAAAAAUGGAUUCAGAAUCAAAAAGGAGAGUGGGCAUGUGGUUUUGUUUACAUUUGACGAUAAGGGUGAGAUGGAGAAAAUCAUGGCAGCAGAGCCUUGGAGCUUUGACAAACAUUUAAUGGUACUACAACAGUAUGAUAAGGAAACAAAUGUGGGUGAUAUGGAGUUUAGUAAGGUGACAUUUUGGGUGCAAGUUCACGAUCCCCCAAUCAAAUUUAGGACAAGGAAGAUAGCUGAACAGUUGUGUGAAGUUAUUGGAACGGUGACUAAAGGGACUGAUGAAGAAGAAACAGAGGGCGAGAACUUCAUGCGAGUCCGAGUAACCUUAGACAUCUCCAAACCAUUGUGUAGGGGGCGAGUUAUCUCGCUGGAUAGUGGUAAGGAACUGUGGGUGCCUUUCAAAUAUAAAAGGCUACCAAACCUUUGCUUCUGGUGUGGAUGUUUGUCGCAUGACGAUCGUGAUUGUGACCUUUGGGUUGAAAGCGAAGGAAGUCUCUUAAUUGAAUCCUAG